CUGAAAGGUAUCAGAAUAUAACAAAAUGAGAGGAGUGGUGGUGAUUUUAGGUUUUCUAGUCUUCAUCUCUGUAACACUGGCUUUAGAAAUAAACCAGCAUGAGAUUAAUGCACUAAACUCAAGAUUAAAACCAUCUAAUGAUUUAAUGUUCGAAGACAGGCAAGCUGCAAAGUCUCACAGAUCAGGUAUCCUCAGAAUUAUGGAGGAAAUAAUAAAAGUUAUGCAAACUGUUCUGGGGUUGGCCGAUGGACACAACAGUGUUGAUGAUGUGGUCAAAUCCGUUCAGUCCGUUUACAUCGCAAUGGAGAGCUUCGUUAAUAUCAAAGGCUUUAUAAGGGAAAUUCCCCUUAUUGGACCAACGGUAUCGUGGAUAUUAUCUCCAAUUUUGGAACUCGUGGGCUCGUUAUUGAAGAACACUCCGGUAUUUGGAGAACUGCUGAAGCAACUCGUGGUUGGGCCAACCUACCCGGCAACACCGCCGCCGCCGCCACCGCCACCACCAACGACCGAAUCAACAGGGGGAGGCAACAUAUUUGGAUGGGGC